AUGUCAUCCACACCUUGCCCCCUGUGCCCAAGGUAUUACCGUCGCGCGGGACAUCUUGCAAGACAUAUUUACCGGCAUCAUAGCGUUGACAAUGUGCCUGAGGACAAGCAUUUAGAAGACGAAACUACGCUGCCAGACGCCCUGCCUGGUAUGCUUACUCUGGUAAUUGAUGCCCCGGAUGAUUCUACAGAUUCAGCAACCGACUCUGAGGCGGAAUCCGACUUCGAUCCUGACUCCAAUUACGAUGGCCCUGAGGCGAUCGCCUCCCCGAUCUCAGAGCAAGCUGAUGAUAAUCAAAGGGCCACAGCAUACCUACCCAAUAGUGGACAAAGAGUAAGGCAGGUUCAUAGCUAUCGAGACUAUACAGAAGAGAAUUGGAAGUCAUGGGCACCGUUCAAAGACGCGGCGGAAUGGAGAUUGGCUUGUUUCUUUAUCGAGCACAAGCUGACCUCUACAUUAAUUGACGCCUACUUUAAUCAGGGGUUGCACAAGACGACAAAGAAUGAGCGUUCCUUUCAGUCCGCUUAUACUUUCCAGAACCAGCUCGACAAAAUGACGGGCUCCCCACCUAACUUUCAAUACAGGACCGUUGGGGACGGCUUUGGAAGAACGACCGACUUAUAUUACAGGAAUCUGGUCGAAUGCGUGAGGUAUCUCUUGGGUCAACAUUACUAUAAGUCAAGCAUGGUUUAUCGGCUGGAGAGAGUUUACGAUGCGAAUGGAUAUCAACUCUAUUCCGAGAUGCAUACAGUGGACUGGUGA